UCUAAAUGACAUUUCGAACACACAUGUCAAUACAGCUUCCUACAUUUCUCCCGCCGCUUUUUAUCACGCCCGCUAUAAAUAGUGUGGUCGCCGCCGAAACGACAUUCAGUAGCCUUCGCGCAGUCUACAGAAGUGCACGAUGAGAGUACUGAUUGUCGCCGCCGUCCUCGCCUGCGCCGCCGCAGCGCCCUCGGGCCUGCUGGCUGGUCCCUAUGGUCAUGGUCUGAUCGGCCACGCCGCCCCUCUGGCUUACAGCCAUGGCGCCCCUCUGGCUUACGGCCAUGGCGCCCCUCUGGCUUACGGCCACGCCGCCCCUCUGGCUGUGGCUCACGCCGCCGUCCCCACCAUCUCCCCCGGUGACAUCCAGGGCGCCGCCAUCGACGCUCAUGUUGAGGCUGCUGACCACGUCCGCGCCGCCGUCGACCAGGCUUCCGAGCUCCACGGACAGGCCAUCAACGCCGCCGAGGACCACUCGUGGCAGGCUGUUGAUGCCGUGAAGACCCACGAGGCUCAGAUUGAUGGUGCCGCCGCUGGCGCCGCGCCUAUCCUCGCUAAGCAGCUGGCCGGUCACGCCGGAGUGUACGCCGCCCCCGCGCUCGCGCACGCCGCCUACGCCGCCCCCAUCGCGCACGCCGCCUACGCUGCCCCCAUCGCGCACGCCGCCCCCAUCGCGCACGCCGGCAGCCACUCCGUGUCCACCCAGUCCCUGCACCAGACCCACCCCGCCCCGCUCGUGCACGCUCCCGUGAUCGCUCACGCCGCUCCCGUCGCGUACGCCGCGCACGCCGGCUACGCUCACGCCGGACUCGCUCAUGGUCUGUCCCACUGGUAAAUUCAUAGGAUAUCAAAUUUGUGCCAAAAACGUUCUAAUACUCAAUUGUUCGGACUUUAAAUUAAAAAAACAGGUAAUAGAGGCGAGGAUGUGUAAAUAAAGAAAAUAGUCAAUGUA